CCAUGUGUGUGUGUCAAGUUUGACAUGAGCUCGCGGAACAGCUGAUCGGUUCCACAAUAAACUGAGCGGUGCCCAAGAUCCCGCCAACUCUUCAGGAAUGGCACGUUGACACUGUUGUGAUCCAACAUGGUCCCUCUUAAGACCUUGAUUGAUUUGCUAAUGUGCUUGUCAUUGGCCCACGGAGAAACCACUGACCCGCCAGAGAACCCAUGCAAGAAGAACCCUUGUGAACAUGGGAUAUGUGUGGUCAACGGCACGGGUCCAAGGCCUUAUCAUUGCUACUGUGAAGACGGCUACACCGGGAUCAAUUGCGCUACAGAUUGGAACGAGUGUUGGAACAGCCCUUGUCAGAAUGGUGCCACAUGUUUGGAUUUGGUGGCCAGUUUCAAUUGCACAUGCCCCUCAGGCUUCAGUGGCUCCCUCUGCGAAAUUGAUAUCGACGAAUGUCUUUCUGAGCCAUGUUUGAACAAUGGAACUUGCCAUGACAACGUCGAUGGGUUCACGUGCCAAUGUCAAUUGGGCUUUAGAGGCCUGAAUUGCGAGAUUGAUGUGUCCGUGUGCAACGCCAGUUCCCCUUGGAGCAAUAACACCGAGGACAAAAAAUGUCAAAAUGGCGGAUUGUGCGUUGAUGGAUGGGGCACAGAUUUCUCAUGCGAAUGCGUUUCAGGAUGGUCUGGCAGCCAUUGUGAGGAGGACAUUGAUGAAUGCACAACAACCAGCCCCUGUCUCAAUGGAGGAAUGUGUAUGAACAUGCCAGGCUUUUACAUUUGCUCAUGCCCUUUUGGGUUUGCGGGUACAAACUGCGAAGUGGAACUUGAGAAGUGCGAUUCCAAUCCAUGUGAAAAUGACGCCCUGUGCUUCUUAGUGGACGAUUCCUUUCAAUGUUAUUGCGUGCCUGAUUUCCACGGACCUCGUUGCCAAUAUAAAUAUGAUGAUUGUGCCCUUCCACCUUUCCCAAAAUGUAUCAACGGUGGGGAAUGUCUGGAUGGUGUCGACGACUUUGGUUGUUCGUGUCCUGAAGAAUUCAAAGGCAAAACAUGCCAAUGCACGUUGGACGAUGACUCGGAUGAAUGCUCGUCAUUUGAUCUUUCCGUGUUCUUGGGAACCGAUCCAAGUCAUUUGAAUGACGGGGAUGACACAACCACUACCACCUUCUCAACCAGAACAACAAUUGAUACCACCACACAAAGUUCCUUGAAUCUCGACCUGGACUAUGAAUAUAUCGAGGAUCAGACCUCCACUGACACAUCGUCCACCGCAGAAACUACCACUAACCGACCUGUUGAAGAAGAUGGGGAUGAUAAUGCAAUUGGAUCAAUCCAAGUUGAUCGCUUAGAUCAGACUGUUCCAGAAUUGGAUCCAUCACUUCAACCAAUAUCCAGUCUUGAACCUCACAUGGAGAUGGACAUCGAUUCUGAUUUCUCAGUCACGCCUAUUUUACCUGACUUCCCAACCAGCACCAUCGUUUACAACGCAACGAAUGUACCCCCCGCGACAUCGGUGUUCAUUUAUGAACCUUCGAGUUCCGAAAUAUCCACGAAAAGUUUCUUGGCCGGUGAUGAUUUCAUAAUCGCCACUUCACCUGGAUAUGAAAAGGAGGAACGGGGUCUAGAUGUGGGAACCAUUGUCAUCCAACCCACGGUCACGUCCACCAUCCCUGUAACAGUGAUUAGUCAGGUUUCCUUGGAUGUGGUCUCCACGCCAAUGCCCACACCAACCUCCAGUGUCACCAUUCCCGUGACUUUUGAGCAAACUUCUACCACUUCUGGAGCUGUAGAGGAACUAGAUAUCACCACACCCGAUUCGAGCAAACUGGAGCAAGAACGUGUUCCGGAUCAAUCAACAGAGAAUGAUGUCCAAGAGGAUUCAACAGUAACGGAGAGCGCUCAACAAUGGACUGUGGCAAUUGUCACUAAAGAUACCACUGAAGGAACCACUUUGGCAAUUGCCACCGAAAAUGCUACUGAAGGAACCAUCUCGGCAAUGAUUACUGAAGAUACUACUGAAGGAACCACUUCGGCAAUGAUUACUGAAGAUACUACUGAAGGAACCACUUCGGCUCUAAGCACCACAUCCACUUCAACCACUACGGAUGCCAAACCUGAUUUGGAAAUGGACAUCCCACAGGGGGGUGACAUUAUUGCCUCCAGUGAUGACGAGGUCGAAGGAAGUGGAACAAGUAUUCGGCCUGACAUUUCGACCGACAAUCAUGUCGAUCAAGGCGGAUCUCUCUCAGUGGACAAUCUGGCAGGAAUCCAAUGUGAAAGCUUGGUUUGCAAAAAUGGCGGAGUCUGCCUAAGCACGUUACAAGGGGCUCAUUGUCACUGUGCCUUAAGAUAUCGAGGUGCUCAAUGUGAGGAGGAACUUCACGUGGACACUCCUGGAUUCCUCGGACACUCACUCCUUGUUCACGAGUUGGACAAAAAUAUUAGCUUGUCAGAGGCACCUUUUUCUCUUCGGUUGAGCUUCCAAUCGUCUAGCCCUGUUGGAGUGAUAUUUUACACUACGGAGCAAGGUGGCCAAGUUAAAGUGGUCGCUUAUAUCCAUGAAGGAAUCCUGCAUCUCCGAGUGAAUUGUGGCCCUCAGCACAUCUUGUUUUCCGAACCAACUCAACGAGUGGACACUGGUUAUGUGCAGAACUUGGAUCUGACUUUAUCCAUCUUGGACGACAAUUGUGUGACAGAGAUCAAAUUGAAUGACACCCAUACAAUGAGAGGGGAGCAAGAAUUGGGAUCCCCAACGCCCAAUCAGCCCAACAUAAUCUAUUUUGGGCAAAUGUCCAAGACCCAUGGGGUCGAAGAGGACGUUUACUUCCAUGGCUUCCAAGGAUGCAUGAAGCAGCUACGGAUUAAUGGACUUGCAAUAGAAUUUUACCAAGAAGCCUCAUCGGGUCGAGACAUUGUGGAGUGUCAGUCUGCUGUCUGUGCGCUGAAACCUUGCAAAAAUGGAGCCAUUUGCACGCAACACGACUCGAGUGGAUCUUGGUUUUGCAAUUGUCCGCCUGGUUUUGCUGGGCCUCUGUGCGAACGGUUGGUUUGCGACACAAACCCCUGCCAAUCAGGAGGCACUUGUCUAGGGAGCAAAGUUGGUCCUGGAUUCAUUUGCUUGUGCCCAGCGGGAACUAUUGGAGCACUCUGUGAAAAGAGCUUCAAUAUCACGCAACCUUCUUUCACGACCUCGGUUGGAGGCUACUCCUCGUAUUUGGCUUAUGGCAUCAAUUCACAAGACGUGAGCCUUUCUUUUGAGGCUCAAUUCCAUUUUGUAGCUCCAAAUUCGGACCAAAUUGCUCUGCUAUUCUUUCUGGGACAACACGGAAUCAAUGGAUAUGGAACUGAUUACAUGGCAGUGAGUUAUGUAAAGGGACAUAUCCUUCUCACCUGGGAUCUAGGCUCGGGCCCUCGAAGAAUUUUCACAUCUCAACCUAUCGAUUACCGCUACGUCAUGCAUUCCGUUCGCUUUGGCCGCUAUGGAAAACGAGGUUGGCUGCAAGUAGAUCAAUUUCCCAACAUAACUGGAAAGGCGCCGGGAACGAACGAGUUUCUAAAUGGGACUUCCAAAGUGUUUUUGGGCGGCCACGAGAUUCACAACUUCACUUUCUUACCACAUGAUCUCCCGGUUCAUCGAGGUUUCGAGGGUUGCAUCUUCGAUUUUUCCCUGAAAUCGUCGUAUUCCGUUUUGCCCCUCAUUCCACUCCAUUCCAUGGUUAAUCUUAAAAAGGUGCAUGGUCGAAACAUCCAGGAAUGUCAUCAAGACAUUUGCUCGACUCAGCCUUGUCAGAGAGGGGGCACCUGCAUUGGAUAUGGGGCCUCAUUCACAUGUUCAUGCCCGGAUGGAUGGUUUGGAGUUCGAUGUCAGGAGGAAACGAGCCUUUGCACCACGGGCAAGCAUAAAUGUUCCCAGGACUCGGAAUGUUCUCUUCAUCUGAAUGGAACAUAUUUUUGCAAGUGUCCCUUCGGAAAAAGUGGGAACUAUUGCACGGAGAGUCUGGAUGUGUCUGAUGCACGGCUAGGAAGUCCAUACUCCCAACUAUGGAUUAAUUUGACGACUAAUUUGCGGCAAAUGUCCUUAUUCUCUAUGGAAAUUAAACCCGAGUCCUCAGAAGGAAUGCUAUUAUUCCUCGGGCAAUCGCGGGACUUUUUCAACGCAGACUUCUUUUCUCUGUCCCUUCAAAACGGAAGCCUAGUGCUGGCAAUGUCUCUAGGUGGCUCCAGAAGCACUUUUGGCAACGUGCUGACAUUGAGUCUUUGCUGUAUUAACACGAAUGAAUGGAACCAGAUUGAGGCAGGUCGGACUGGUCGAGACGCUUUCUUGAAAUUGAACGGCCAAAAUGCCGUCGGUCGAUUCCAUCUGGACCUCAUCAGUCUUGAUGUGGUACCUAUUCUCUAUCUAGGAAACAUCAAAGAAGACUAUCGUCAUCCAUUGGGUGAGCUGGAUUUUCAACUUAGUACCUACCAAGGAUGUCUCAGAAAUAUCCAGGUGAACACUCAUUGGCACCCAUUGAGGCCCAGUUUCGGGUGGAAUGGGUGGGACGUUUAUGAUUGCGACGGGACUGCAUGUGGGAAGGAGCGAUGCCAACGACGUGGAACAUGCGAUCUAAAUGAGAACAAGAGUGGAGGGUUUGAGUGCCAAUGCGAAGAACCAUUUCACGGCCGCGAGUGCGAAGUUCACGAGCUCUGUGAAGGCUCUGAUGGAUGCCGAAAUGGGGCUAGUUGUGAAGUUAUUGAUCACGAGAUCAAGUGCAAUUGUCCUUUCGGCUUUGAGGGUCAAAAAUGUCAAAAUGAUAUUUCUGUGGAUGUUCCCAAGCUACUGGGCGAUGGGUAUCUCUCGUAUGACACCGGUAGCAGCGAGGCUUUCAAAGAUGAGACAUCACUCAGCUUGGACAUCCACACUAAUGUGUCUGAUGGACUGAUUCUUUGGAUUGGUCAGGACGUGUCAAACGAUGACUAUUUGGGUUUUGGCCUCAAGGAGGGCAUGCUCCAUCUGGUGUGGAACUUGGGAUGGCUUUCUCGGAGUGAAUUGACCAUCCCAAGUCCGCUCCUCAAUGAUGGCAAUUGGCAUUCGAUCUCGGUCAGUCGAACCAACCAGAACCUGGAGCUACGUCUGGACGGAACGCUCUUCGGGAGUCGCGUGACGGGAAGCUUUUCCGAGCUCAAUGUGGAUCCCGUGGUUUAUUUGGGAGGUUCGAGCUUUGAUCUGCCCACUUUAGAUUUGACUCGUGGCCAGUUUGACGAGCGUUUCCAAGGAUGUUUACGCGAUGUCAUCAUCCAAGGUGAGAAAGCCAAUCUCCAAUCGGACAACAAAGUGAGUGGAGGCAAUGUCCACGAGUGCUCCUCGACAUCGGGCACAUCCUCAUCUUGAUCUGGCAGUCUCAUCAUCAAACCAAUUCGUCACCCAAUAACCAACCAAUUCAUGCAACGAGUACAGACAGACCAGUCCCAGCGUGAGUGAGUGCGUGCAAAAGCGAGUGAGUGACUCCCCUCCUCAUCUCGAUAGUUCCUGUGUACCUACCUGAAAUGAGUCUAUCUGACUUGGAUCAGAGACAAGCGGAGACAACGAGACAGUGAGACGGGGACUCGAUCGAGUUUUGUCUUAAUGAUUUCGUCACGCCUUUUCAACUAAUUCGAACACCACUAAAGGAGCCAACCUCCCCCCNCCCCCCCCC